CUGAUCACUGGGGUCACUGAUCACUGGGGUCACUUCUCAGCCUGCAGAGGCCAGAAAGGGCCAGCCUCGGGGUUGCCCUGCUCUCGACAAGGCUGAUGGCGCUCCAGAAGGCGGGCUGCUCAGUGUCCCUGCCCUGGCUUCCAGCCCACGUAGGGAUACCGGGCAACGAGGAAGCUGAUGCACUGGCAAAGCGUGCCCACCACUGCGUGGUCCCGCCCAGCCUGGCAGUGACAGCCAGUGAUUUCACAAGCCACAGGCUUCGGCGCCAUCUGCUGGCCUGCCAUCCGGACAAGCGGAUGUCCUUGGGCCGCCCUCCGCGGUCACUUCCACAGCGCGGCCUCGCACGCAGGGGACCUCCCUCUUUCUGCGAUUGAGGAUUGGCUGCUGUUGGACGGGUGCUCGCCGCCACCGGCACGGCCUCAUCGCCUCUCCAGCCUGUGCCUCCUGUGGGGAGCCCGAGACCCUGGAGCACCUCCUGCUCUUACCUACAGCAGCGUGACCGUCUCCUGCAGGAGUUCCGACGCCUGGGGCUUCCUUCUGCACGGCAGGAAGACAUCCUCUGCCCUGGUCGUAGCGAGCUACCAGCCCUCCUAAGUGUCGUCGAGUACCUCGACUCGUCGGGGUUCUCGGCGAGACUCUAGGAUUUUCUGCAAAGACGGAUAGCCUCACGGCUAUCCAAACCACUCGAGGCUACUCGACCUGCCCCAACCACCUGGCUCCUGCUGGAUCACCGCCCCCUAGCCUUUCACCAGAUCACCACACCUACCGGACCCACUGGCCCUUUCCUGCCGGACUACUCCGCCGCUGCCAUGGCGGCACUCUAACCCUCUACUCUCCUAUCUCCUUUGUUCCCACUAUCCCCCCCCACCUCUGUUGACGCUGAGCCGUGCUCCCGCAAAGGCUGCAGAAAACAGCGUCAACUUUUCCUUAUCCCUUCAAGAACCACUUUUUUCUCUGCAAGAGCUAAAGGAAUAGGUUCUCUAGGUCCAUCGUGAACUUGCGUUAACAGUUGGUUGUUCUUGACACACUUCGUAUAAUAAAGUAUAUCAUUCUUCAUUGUGCAGUACAUGUCGGCCGAUCGCUUUUCGCAGUUGACGUUAAAAGUACGGAUGGGCCUUUAUAAGAAGCCGCCCCCUUACUGUGCUUCUUCAGCAGUUAAUUCCGCUGGGUAAUUGGUCACGAACUGUUCAGUUGUUUGGCGACGUAAUGUCAUGGCAACAUUCAAUUCCUUAUUAGUUUUCCGGUGUCUUGCGUUGUCGCUGAUCACAUUUAUUUUCCAGCUGAAAAGCACCGGAAAGAGUGUAGGAAAGAGCUGAAGCGUGUCCACCAGUUUCGCAGUGUACACAUAUGGUCACGGCUCAUGUGAAAGUUGUUACGCAAUACGCCAAUGUCUGCUUCUUCUUUUUCGAAGUUGAUCCCAGAGCACCGUUGAAACGUAGCCAAACUAUUUCAAACAUUGUGGUAUUCCUUAGUCCAUCGUCAAGAGGAGGUACUUCCUCUUAAAAGGUUCUGUAACGUUAUCUUCGCCACACAACGCACUGUCGUAUUACAUCACUCAUUUUCGUCCCCUUUGCCCGAAACCUCGUCGAUAUACAAGUCGGUGUCCCACGUACUCCGUCGUGCAGUUUGCCCAUAUACGUGUCGCACUAAUAGUAAAGAUUGCUUCCUUGUAUAUGUAAUCGGUUGCUGCUAGUCUUGUCGUAUAGGCCCUGCCAAAGGUGCCCGUGAAGUGACAUUUGGCAUUUGUUUCUUCUGCUUUUAGUGGACCUUUGAACUUGUCUGCUAAUAUUAUUUACGGAAAGUAAAUGCCGCACCUGUCAACUUCAAUGCCUCGUCUUGAGAUACUUUUCGAUGUGUAUCUAACACGCGAUUCAUCUCCUUUUGUCCUUCCAUUAUACGGCAUUUUGGAACGGCUAUUCCUUGGUCAGCAUCGACUCGCAUCCCUUCCACAAAAUUGUUCACUACGAAAUCUUUUCUACGAUGUCUCCUGGUUAUAUCUGCUAGAGUUUUCACUACCGCUGACGUGUUCCCAUAGUUCUCCUACUGAGCAAUCCUUGAUUUUUUUUUCAGUCUGCGUUCAACUUGUGCUUCAGGCAUUUUCUUUCUCCUACACAGCAUGAUUGUACGAGUGGUUCACUACUUUACUGAUGCUCGCAAGUUCUACUUUUGCUAGAAUGACGACGGUAUCCAUCAGUUACUGUUUUUUGUCAGGACCAGCACUGUAUCCGCUCUCAUAUAAGAGUACCAUGAAUGCUGCACUUAGAUACGCCGUCGGGCUUGCAUCCGAGAAAGUGUGUUGCUGUUCCGUUUCAUAUUGUCGAUUUAUUCUGAUUUUCCUGGCUGCAUUCCUCCAUACAUCCUUUAUCCUCGUCUGAAAGACUGUUGUCCCAAGAUGUUUCGGUUACUCAUUAUUUAAUACCGAUAGCAGAAUACUGUCGGCCCUGUCCCAUUUCAUUCCUAAGACUCUAGUCUCGCUUGAUCACGUAGGAACGGCGUCUUGAUGCGCAUUAAAAUUCUCAUCGCUGGUUGAUGUCUAUUUCCCAAGAUUCAUUGAAGCUCGGCGAUUUUUGUUCUUGCUUCCUUGUUCAUGCAUUUUCCCUGGUGUUCCAAGCAUAAUUUCAUAAGCGCAAACCUAAUUACAUUUACUGUCAUUGCGAGAGUUCCUUCGAAAAUUCAUUAUUAUUGUUGAUACAUCUGCACUCCAAUUUCCUACUGCCUGCACCUACACGACGAUCACUACAUUGUUGCUUUUUCAGCUACUUUGCUUUUUCUCGCUGCUGUCUUCUCCGUCUUUCAUUUCCCCUUGCCCUUCUCCCAGGGCAGGGAAGCAAACCAGAAUCUCAUCCGGUUUCUCUCUCCCCCUCCUGCCUGAAGGUUAUCAUUCAAAACAUUAUUUAUCCUGACCACGAGGCGUCAAAUACUACGCUUACUUUUCUUACUUGUCGGUCUUCUGGAAUUUGCUUGAUGCGACAUAGUAUUUAACGUUGAUCCUUCCGAUCGCGGUCGUUAUGCCAUUUCAAGCGUGAAACCUCUCGCAACGAACAGCUGUACUUUUCUCUCGGUACUGAAUUUGUCUCCAGCUUUCGGGAUAGUAUUCCAGUUGCUACUACAUUGGUUUCCAUGUUCACUUGCUCUCCAUCCUUAUGAACAGUCCUUGUGCAGGAUGCAACGGCAUGGUUCAUUUCAUGCAUCGUUUCUUUCUCAGGAAUUCGGCCAGUUUUGGCCAUUUUCAACUUUUUCUUGGCGUAAUCUUCGUCAGUCUUUCUGUCGUCACGAACCAUAGUGAACUUGAGUUUCAAACUUCUUAUUCUAGACCACAUUUGUAAGGAAAAAUCCAUUCGAGAAUGCUUUCCAUUUUCCAUUGUAUCUUCGUUUCGUCUACGGUCUGCGCUCCAAACGAUUUCUUCGGGCACGAGCAUCAGCUGCGCCAGGAGCGACUGCCAUUCUACAUUCUCCAGUGGCGUCUUGAUGGUAGACUGGACUUGUCUCCUCGCCCUGCACCACUUUUGGCUCUGCACUCCUGUUUUCUAUUGCGGUCUACGAGGGUACCCAGCGCGCUCCUGCACGACUCUGCGGUCUGCGCUCCAAAAGAUUACUUCGGGCACGAGCACCAGCUGCGCCAGGAGCGACUGCUAUUCUACAUUCUCCAGUGGCGUCCUGAUGGUAGACUGGACUUGUCUCCUCGCCCUGCACCACUUUUGGCUCUGCACUCCUGUUUUCUAUUGCGGUCCACGAGGGUACCCAGCGCGCUCCUGCACGACUCUGCGGUCUGCGCUCCAAAAGAUUACUUCGGGCACGAGCACCAGCUGCGCCAGGAGCGACUGCUAUUCUACAUUCUCCAGUGGCGUCCUGAUGGUAGACUGGACUUGUCUCCUCGCCCUGCACCACUUUUGGCUCUGCACUCCUGUUUUCUAUUGCGGUCCACGAGGGUACCCAGCGCGCUCCUGCACGACUCUGCGGUCUGCGCUCCAAAAGAUUUCUUCGGGCACGAGCAUCACCUGUGCCAGGAGAUACUGCUAUUCUACAUUCUCUUGCCAGUGGCGUCCUGCUGGCAGACUGGACUUAGCCUGGCGCGCUUGCACUUAAUUCUGGUAAGUACCACAUACCGACGACUGUCCUGCGACUGCGUGCUUUCGAAUGACCAACAAACGGUGCUUGUCGUUUCGGGUUCCGAGUGUUUGCUGUCACUUGUGGCGGGAGGGAAAUGUUACAGCACGAUCAUUCGCAAGACUCCUGGCCUUACCUCAAGAGCGACUAACUUCAGCCCGAUCGUCCUGCCCCAGAAUCCAUACAGCACGCUUCCUCAUACUCGUGAAGGCGUCGCACGCCUGUCUUGGCGGUGUCCUGCACUGUGUUAACGGCGUGUUCAUGUUCUCAAGGACUGCGUGUCGUCGCCGCCCUGCGACCGUCCAUCGGAUGUGCUCCUACAGUUCUUCGCUGUUGCCUUGUUCCGCAGGCAUAUGUAACAGAUUUAGUGUAGCAAGCUUUUCUGCUUUUGAAGAGUGGUGGUGCGCUGCUCAGCGAAUAGAUGGUGCUUCUAGGAAACUGGUUAAUACGAAGCAGAACAGUAAAAAGGUCUGGUUACAUAGACACCCCUCAGUGAGUAAUAAGGAUUGUCGAUGUAUUAAUGAGCCGAUCUGUAAAUUUUUGGUGGCGAGAUUAACGGACAUUUAUUUACAUUGUGCACUUUCGUAGUAGUACUGUGUGUGUGUGUGUGUGUGUGUGUGUGUGUGUGUGUGUGUGUGUGUGUGUGUGUGUGUGUGUGUGUGUGUGUGUGUGUGUGUGUGUGUGUCACGCGUUUGGUUUGUGCAUUUGGGUAAGUCGCCUUACUCCUGUGUUCCUUUUGUGCGGUCGAGAACGUAUCACAUGAGCUCCACUGGUAUAACUGGUGCACUUCGAAUUUCUCAUAUUUCGGUAGCCUUUCCAGCGUCCCAGUUGAUGCUUCAUUUAUGCUCUUUCAUUCCUGUUGAAAGGUUCCUGGUUUGAUGGUUUACUGUGGUCUAUGGACAUUCGCUUGGUUGAAGCGCUCGUUUCUUUGGAUUUGGUCCUCGGGUUGGCCUCGGUGCUCGUUUCCGCAUUCAGCGGAUUUGUUCAGGCGUCUUUCUCGUGCCAGAAACGAAGUCUUCACACAUUUUCGGUUCUUCCACGUCGCUCGUCACUGACUAGAAAAGAUCAACAUACCACUACAAAAGGACACAAUGCCAAUGAAUGGGAAAGGGGAGGGUGCUUAUUCUCGCCAACAAAAAUUUCCUGAUUUGCUCAUGAUGAUAAUGACCUCCAUCUUUAAGACUGGUUGGUGGGAAAUGUCACCGGGCCUUCUUUGGUGUCGUUAAUUAAUGAAAUGCUUUUAUGUAUCUACAUGGUCCAACUUAUGUAUUGCCUGCCGUUUGUUUAUCGGACAGUGCUACGCGCUGUCAUCGCUUGUUCACCGCGUAUACUGCGCCGUAGUUUGAUAUAUUUAUGUGUGCACAACUAUCGCGUACCGUGCAAGGUUGGUAAAGAUACUGAAGCGCCAUGGUACCCUUGACGCAGCUGUGACGUCGUUGCCCGCUGACUGUAGUUCAGGUUACGCACAGUUGGCCAAUUACGUGAUUAAAGCACACCGCGUGAGCGAUUCUCAAGCAGCUGCUUCGAAGGUGCUACAUGUACUCCCCCUACGCCAUGUGUAAACAUGUCUAGGCAAGUGACACGCACGAGCACGCUCAAAGAAAUAAGAAAAUGUCAGCUUGUAUCUUCUGUUCAAACGAAUUAAGCUUACCAAAGUUGCCCCCGUACUUGUUUUCUGUACGCCAGUCAGUCUUUCCAUUGCUAUCUGAAUGCGUUUUCUUUCAACAGUGUUCGAAUUCGCACGUGCUACCGCUAUUGUCCUAAUCUCGAUAUAUGGACGCACACUUAGUUUCUUACGAAUUACUUUUAUUGUUCUCAACCUUACCUCUGCGUUGAUUGAUAACUAAAUAAAAGGUAGGCACUGUCCUUGGUAAAUAGUUACGUGUGCCGCAUUACACCGCCUUUUAUUUUUUGCUGCUUUAAUCCGCUGUGAUGGAAAAAUUCAAGCAACCACGCAUGUGCGAUUGUGCUCAGUCGAACGCAUUUUCUUUAACCACGAACAUGCGCACAGCGCAGUUGAGCCAUUCUGAAGGAAGUCUCUUUUCUAUCUUGAGUUACACGACAUUCCUGCAAAUGCGCCACACAAUACUCGCAAUCAGUUUAAGAUACGACCAGUGAGGAGAUUUGGACGUCAUGACAUGCGUCCGACGUGUGCUUAAUGACUGUGGUGUUCACCUGCUAAGCACGAGGUCGCCGGUUCGAAACCCCGCGGCCACGGCGGGCGCAUUUAGAUGGGGGCGAAAUGCAAAAACCACCAGGUGGUCCAAAUUUCCGGAUUCCCCCACUGAGGCGUGCGUCAUCAGAUCGUGGUUUUUGCACGUAAAACCUCAUGUUUGUUAGUAUGCGUCACCUUGGAGGCCUUUUUUGUCUGUCGCAGUUGGUACGUGGACGCAGGGAAACAAAACACACCCACACAGCACUCAGUGGUUCACAAUAAGACAGCGAUGCACGAAAUAACUGCACAUUGAGAGGUCAUGAUGCUGGAGGAUGUGACAUAUUACAAAUAGAUCGUCGUCUCGUAAUGUUUUAGUACCUUCGGUGCGUUUCGCAUCCAACUGGACAAGUUUGGAUAAUUGCUUGCUGAAAUAAUUGCGUUUACUCGUUCUCCAUUCUUUCGAUCCCCCAGCGAAGGUGCUGUACAACGCUUGUUCAUUUAAGAUGGAUUUUACAGCUUCAAGCUAUGUGAACAUUAAUGCAGGCAAAGAAAUGUUAUUUCGCCUUGACUUACGAUGUUAUUUUCGAUUUAUUGUUCUAAGAAAACUGUUGUACGUUCUAGUUCCAUACGUUGAAGUAUCGUGAAGCUGAGAAAUCUGUGCUUACAUAAAUCCUGGUAUGCAUUUGAUAUGUAUUCCUGUACAAAUACAUAAAUGUAUGUUUGUAUGUUAAUGCACUGCAUAUGCUGCUGCUUGCAACAUCAUGAAAUCGUCAAGUAGCCUUGAAUCGCUUUUAUUUCGUCUACUGUAGUCGUGUUUUGCGAUGUUUGUGCUGAGCAUGCAUUGCAAUAAACUGCACGUUGCCCCCCAAGUAUUCUGUCAAAUAAAACUUCUUAUUCCUGU